GGAAGAAGGAAGUCAAUAGCCAAUGGGCAUUGAAACAACGGCACGAGCAAUCUAAACCCUUUCUAAUAGAAACACGUAACUCCAGAAAUGUAUAAGUACAUGAGGCGUAUUUGCGAAGCACUGUAAAGCUAUUUCCAUAUGGAAUAUAAACUCGGAAUACAAGUAUUUCUCCUAUUGUUUUGGAGAUCGGCUUUAGAUGCACUCUUGUCGGGGAAUGACGGAGGCUGGUGAGUGUUUAUUUUAGGCUACGUCUUUGACCAUCUAUAAAUUAAGACUACUUCUAUUCUGAAUGUUUUCCACUGAUUUUAACUUUUAAUCAAUAUCUAAUCCUUACAUUAAUUCAAUAAUACUAGUAUUCGUAGCCCAAAAAGCAGCACAAAGCGUUUUUUUCUCCCGAAUGUAGGUCGUCAAAUUCAGAAUACAGUUUGACUGAUGAAGGUCCUUGCAACAUUGAUAUCUGGGACAAAGCUUCGUUAUCACAUCGGCAGUUUAUCCAACAGUACGUACUUUAGUCUAUUUCAUGUGUUCGGCCUGGGUGUUUGCAGUCUCUGUAAAUCAUUACACUGUGUGUGUGUGUUCUGCACACAUACAUUGGAAACACCUCUUUUCUAUAAGGCUUUGUUUGCACCAGUAUGUGUAACACACCUCAUUUUAUUCCUAGAUAUGCCUACUCCAAACCGGUCAUCCUUAAAGGUUUCUCGGACAAUACGGUACGUGUGAAUAAAAAAGCAAUUACAUUUUUUUUACUCGUCUCAUAGGCCUUAAUAUCAGUAUAGCAAUGGGCUCUGGUGAACGUAAUUGUUUUAUUUUCAGAAAUUCCAGUUCUUGUGCUCCAAGUCCAGCCUGCUCCAGGAGUAUGGAGAGAGGAUGGUGAGGCUCAGCACUGCCAACACCUACUCUUACAGGAAAGGUACACACACAACUGUAGUUAUUCUAGAAGGUAUUCAGUGUUCUCUUUUUGUAGUACAUUACUUUACCUCUUCAUUAUCAUUUAGUGGAUGUCCGGUUUGAGGAGUUUGUGGACUUGCUGCUGAGGCCUCAGUCUUUGGACACACUGGGCAGUGGUGAGUUUGGUGUCUGGAACACCUCAUGGUCGUUGUACAGUACAUGAGCUCAACAGGCAAACCAUGAUCUAUAACAUAAUACAACAUGCUAUGUGAUCAUGCUGAAAAGUCAAAGCAUUAACAGAAACAAAGUUCACACACACACAGCCAGACAUCCUGUAUCUCACCCGGUCUCUCUUUGACAGACACUCUGUAUUUCUUCGGGGACAACAACUUCUCUGAGUGGCGCGCUCUGUUUGAGAACUACAAGGCACCACGCUACAUGCUGCCUCACACCACAGGGGCCUACAGCUUCGGUAUCGCAGGUCAGUGGACCUGUAUGGCUCAGUUAGUAGAGCUUCCCACAGUUGUGUCAAGUUGGCUGGAUGUCCUUUGGGUGGUGGACCAUUCUUGAUACACACCGGAAACUGUUGAGCGUGAAAAACCCAGCAGCGUUACAGUUCUUGACACAAACCAGUGCACUUGGCACCUACUACCAUACCCCGUUCAAAGGCACUUAAAUAUUUUGUCUUGCCUAUUCACCCUCUGAAUGGCACACAUACACAAUCCAUGUCUCAAGGUGAAAAAUCCUUCUUUAACCCAUCUCCUCCCCUUCAUCUACACUGAUUGAAGUGGAUUUAACAAGUGACAUCAAUAAGGGAUCAUAGCUUUCACCUGUUUCAUCAGUUUGUCAUGGAAAGAGCUGCAUGUUUUGUAAACUGUAUAAUAUUAUUAUUAAUAUAUUCUGGAUUACACUAUACCAGGGUCAAGGGUUGGAUAUCAGAAUCAUGAUGUACAGCUGCAGUGGUGUUCAGGGUAGAUUAAAAUAUAACGUUACCAUCAGUAGCAGGGCGACUUGUACAGGACCCAAAGUACGAAGCAAGAGGCUAAACUCAGAUGCAUUUACUGCCACGUGCAGCUAUCAGGUUGCCGGAGAGCUGAACAAACCUCCAUGCACACUGGUGCGUCUGUGUGAAGAGAAAAGAGGACAUUUUAAUAGUGUGUGAUACAUACAGCCAGUUACUGUGAUGAAGAACAGGCUGUCAUCCUCUGUUGACGCUUACCUCCUGUACCUUCUAUCCACCCACCCAACCAGGCCCAGGAACAGGUGUACCCUUCCAUUGGCAUGGACCUGGCUACUCUGAGGUCAUCUAUGGCAGGAAGGUAAACAACACAUGAACAACUGCCUAUCAAAUCAUGGUCCACCCUAAUGCUUGAUCAUGUCUCCUAAGAAUAUCUCACAAUCAAGUCAAGUCAGAUGUAUUUAAAGUGAAUUUCGCAUGGGUCACAACACACUUUACAUCAAUAAAACAACAAUAGAACCUUGAAGGGGGAAUAAUGGUGAAAAGAGGGGAAACGACCAACAAAAUGAAAGCGUUUAAUAUACAACUGUCCCAGUGUCUAAUGACACCUGAUUCAUGUUAACAUGGGUCCAGCACCAGUAGGUAGGCUGGUGUAAGCCUGAAUCCAGGGUCAGCCUGGCUGGCUGUUAGCCUUAACACGCUACCCAACCUUGUUGUAAUUGAUGCUGUUGACCUUAACACGCUACCCAACCUUGUUGUAAUUGAUGCUGUUGGCCUUAACACGCUACCCAACCUUGUUGUAAUUGAUGCUGUUGGCCUUAACUCGCUACACAACCUUGUUGUAAUUGAUGCUGUUGGCCUUAACACGCUACACAACCUUGUUGUAAUUGAUGCUGUUGGCCUUAACACGCUACACAACCUUGUUGUAAUUGAUGCUGUUGGCCUUAACACGCUACACAACCUUGUUGUAAUUGAUGCUGUUGGCCUUAACACGCUACACAACCUUGUUGUAAUUGAUGCUGUUGGCCUUAACACGCUACACAACCUUGUUGUAAUUGAUGCUGUUGGCCUUAACACGCUACACAACCUUGUUGUAAUUUAUGCUGUUGGCCUUAACACGCUACCCAACCUUGUUGUAAUUUAUGCUGUUGGCCUUAACACGCUACCCAACCUUGUUGUAAUUGAUGCUGUUAGCCUUAACUCGCUACACAACCUUGUUGUAAUUUAUGCUGUUGGCCUUAACACGCUACACAACCUUGUUGUAAUUGAUGCAUGUCUGUUAAACACAACAGUAUGAGAUAGCGUUUUUCUUCUCCAACCCCCACAGCGCUGGUUCCUGUACCCCCCAGAGAAGGCGCCCCAUUUCCACCCCAACUACACCACCCUGUCCUGGGUCAAAGACACAUACCCUUACCUGCCUGAGGAGGAGAAGCCCAUAGAGUGCACCAUCCGUCCAGGAGAGGUCAGAACUGCCCCCCCCCACUAAUUAGUCUUUUGACAAUCAGAUCAGCUCUUUUGCCAAUAAUUGGUCAAAAGGUCAGAAUUGGGCUGGCAGUGCCAACGCAGCCAUAAUAGACAGAAUGGUUGAACACCGGAAUACUUUAACUGUCACCCUUCCCUCCGUCAACACAGGUCACUAACAUGAGCUACAAUCAUUUGUAAUGCAUAGAAUGGGGAUAACAAUCAUAGGAGUCAUCAUCUGGAAGAAUUUAAACACGUUUAAAACAUUUAUCAACCAUGGGUCACUAACAUGACGUUUGAGGCAUUUUCAACAAUAUAGAAAUAGUAGACUUUUUUUGAAUUUCAACUAUGGAAUAUAAUUUAACACAUUUAAAACAACCAUGGGGGUCACUACGUUUGAGGUAAACAUGACUUUUGAGCCAUUGUUUUCACUGAAUUGGAAUGAUAGGCUGCGUUCAGAUUUCUCAUGUCUUUUUGCCUUACCACGGCAACAGCAGGAAGAGGAUAAUAACUAGUAUUAAUAACUUGUCACUCUGAUGUCACUGACUUUUUGUGUUUGUGUUGUUGCUGAUAGGUGCUGUAUUUCCCUGACCGCUGGUGGCAUGCCACGCUCAAUUUGGACACCAGUGUCUUCAUCUCCACCUUCCUGGGCUGACCCCUGAUCCUACUAGAAGGUCAUUAGGGUCAUUGCCCUUGGACAAAAGCCGUGUUAGAAUACUUUCAACAUGCAUCAUUCCUUUUUCCCUCUGAGGUAAUCAGAUGUUUUGCACAUCCAGUC